AUGGUGAUAGAUACAAGUAGAUUUAAUAAAGAGUCAUCAAAUGUAUUGGGAUAUAUAAGUAAUGACUAUCCACUCUAUCAACAAAUAGUAGAUGAGAUUCAACAAGCCUCAAAGUCAUUCGAUACAGCUCCAGUAGCCUCUAAACUAUACAAUGCAAUCGUCAUUGUCUCUGGUGGAUCGGUUAAUCGUGCUGCUAUCGGUGGAUACUUGCAAUUGUUGGUUGAAGGAGGUUCAAUUAUGUUUUAUCAAUCCUCUGAAGACAACCUUACUCUUGAUCUAUUAUGUAAUGGUUUCGUUGAUAUUGCUUCUUCAAAGUUUAAUAAUCUUAAUUUAACAAUUGCAAGUAAACCAGAUUGGAGUUCAGGUGUAACAGAAUCUAUUCAAUUAAAAUCAGGAGGAUGGGGAUCAGCAGGUGAAAAUGAUGUUAUCGAUGAAAAUGAUUUAUUAUCAGAACAAGAUAAGAGUUUAAAACCAAAGACAACUUUGGAUGAUUGUGAAGUUGGAGCCAAAGGUAAAAAGGCUUGUAAGAAUUGUACAUGUGGAAGAGCUGAAAUGGAAGAUGCAGGAGAAGUAAAAGAAAAACCAAAAUUAACAAAGGAAAUGAUAGAGAAUCCAGGUGUUGGUAGUGAUUGUGGAAGUUGUUCACUUGGUGACGCAUUUAGAUGUAAGGGAUGUCCAUAUAGAGGUUUACCAGCUUUCAAGGUUGGUGAAAAGAUCGUUUUACCAGACGACUUUUUAACUGACGAUAUUUAA